UAUCGGAGACUAGUCGAUACGUGUGUGUGUGUGUUUGUGUGUGUAUGUGUGAAAAUGUUACCUUUAUCUAUUAAAGACGAUGAAUAUAAACCUGCCAAAUUCAACCUCCUCCUCAAGGUUUCAGGAUGGUUUAGGUCGAUUCUGUCUGACAAGACGUCCCGGAACCUGUUCUUCUUCUUGUGUCUCAACCUGUCCUUCGCCUUCGUGGAGCUGUCCUACGGCAUCUGGAGCAACAGUUUAGGUUUGAUAUCAGAUUCUUUCCACAUGUUCUUUGACUGCACUGCCCUCCUGGCUGGGCUGGCUGCUUCAGUCAUCUCUCGAUGGAGGUCCAAUGACUCCUUCUCCUAUGGAUAUGUGAGGGCUGAGGUUCUGGCAGGCUUUGUCAAUGGCCUCUUCCUCAUCUUCACUGCUUUCUUCAUCUUCUCUGAGGGAGUGGAGAGAGCGUUGGAACCUCCUGAUGUUCACCAUGAGCGCCUGCUACCUGUGUCAGUGGCCGGCCUGCUGGUCAAUCUGGUGGGAAUCUUUGUCUUCCAGCAUGGAGGCCAUGGACACUCCCAUGGAGACGGAGGUCAUGGACACAGUCACUCUCUGUUUAAUGGCACCGUGAGCCAUGGCCACAGUCAUAGCAGUAAGCAUGAACAUGGACACGACCACGGGGGACAUGGACACAGCCACGGGGGACAUGGACACGACCACGGGGGACAUGGACACGACCACGGGGGACAUGGACACGGCCACGGGGGACAUGGACACACCCAUGGGGGACAUGGACACAGCCACGGGGUCCAUAGCCAUGAGGAGCCCCACUGCCAUGAUGACCACUACCACACACCAGGGAAGGGCUCCAGUAAACAAAUCUUGGAGGGAGUAUUUCUGCACAUCGUGGCUGAUACUCUGGGCAGUAUCGGAGUCAUCAUAUCUGCACUUCUGAUGCAGAAGUUUGACCUGAUGAUUGCUGACCCCAUCUGCUCGAUGCUCAUAGCCAUUCUCAUAGGGGUCAGUGUGGUGCCAUUAUUGAGGGAAUCUAUUGGGAUCCUGAUGCAGAGAACUCCUCCUAGCCUGGACCACACCCUCCCAGACUGCUACCAGAGGGUGCAGCAACUGCAGGGAGUGUAUAACCUUCAGGAGCCUCACUUCUGGACUCUGUGUACCGAUGUCUAUGUUGGAACCCUGAAGUUACUUGUGGCUCCUGAUGCUGACACCCGCUGGAUCCUCAGCCAGACGCACAACAUCUUCACUCAGGCAGGAGUACGGCAGCUCUACGUACAGAUUGACAUGGCAGCUAUGUAGAUGUUCCUCUCCUCUGGAAUUCUGGGACCAAAGCCCUCUGUGUGCUGCUCAGGGGUUAACCCCACCCCCCACCUCUCUGGGUCUGGCUGUCCCCCUAGCCUAGCCAAAGGACCAAUGAUUAUGCAGCUCCACUGCAGGACAGUCAGAGGACAACCUACCAGGGGACACUAGAAGUGAACGGUUUCAUCCAUUGUCUUCUGGUCCCUUUCAGUCCCUCACCAAAUGUUUUAAAGUCUGUUGGUGAGAAGUGAAUUUCUCAGUAGCAAUUAAAAUUGGACUCCACCUCCCAUCUGGUUGCACUUUGUAGACUUGAAGCAGUAUUCAGGAAAAGUGCCUUUGUGUUUAAUCAGAGACAAUCUCUAGUCAGAUUCCCUCUUCAUAUUAUUCCUUCUGUCAGCAGGGCCGGCCAGCAUGCAUCAGGGUUAUGUUUAAAGGAUCGAGGUGUUUUCAUGUGCCAUGGCAGGCCUCUGCCCUCACUUAUCAUUAAUAAUCCUUUUAUUUGCCAAACCAUGUGAACUGUUGGCCAGUUUCAAUUUCAUUUUCAACUAUAAUAAAUAAUUUUACAUCACUUACUUUUA